GCCAUUACUUGGGGACCAAUACAUUAUAUGAAUACUAAUCCAAAUGAACGUUCGUCAACGUUUUGAAAGAUGUUAAUUCAUUGUAAUUUUGGUGCAAGAAACAUCAUACUCCAUAAUUCUGUCAAUUUUGUGUGAUAUUGUAUUCCAGAAAAUAUUCUUAAAGGAAGUUUAAGCGGAUUUUCAGGAGCCAUAAAUUGACGAAAAGAGGACGAGUACGAUGUGUGUGAGCACGUAAUGAGCGGAACAUGCAUAGAGAUGAAUGCUACACAGUCAUACCCGGUACACACACGUACACACACGUCACCCGACACACACAAGUUGCUGCGGUAACAAAACAUAUUUACGACAUAGAGAAAUGCAGUGAUCAGUGACUAAUUGGAUGUUUUCCUUCGUUCGAAGAUGUAAACUAUACUGAUUUAUUACUUAUUGAUAAGGGAACAAGAUACAACAUAGGUGUUUUUUGAAACGCAGGUAAUGUUCAGCUUAAUGGCCUGCUGUUUUCAGUGGAUCAAAGAGAGGCGAGAGCCUCGCAAGCAAGUCACUUUAGCUCUGAUAGGGCUUGAUAACGCUGGCAAGACAACAGCUUUGAAAGGGGUGCAAGGAGAAUCUCUGGACUUGGUUGCACCAACUGUGGGCUUUGCGAGCGGAGAAUUCAAACUCGGCAAGUACGAUGUGACAGUCUUCGACCUUGGUGGGGGCAAGCGUAUCCGCGGCAUCUGGUCCAACUACUACGGGGAGUCUCAUGGUGUUGUGUAUGUCCUGGACGCCAGCGCAGAGGAUCGGCUCCAGGAAUGCAAGGAGUGUCUGGAGGAUGUCCUCAAGAAGGAAAAGAUCCGUGGCAAGAGAAUACUCCUUCUUGCUAAUAAACAAGACCAAGAAGGAGCGCUGGAUGAGAUUGAUAUCUGUGACCAGUUAGAUCUAGAAGAGAUUGUCAGGAACAGUAAAUGCCCUUGCAGAGUGGAAACCUGUUCUGCUGUGCAAGGCAUCGGCAAGCGGAUGGACCCAUCCAUCAGGGAGGGGAUGCUGUGGCUCCUGGAAGGGAUCGGCAACGACUGGGCCACGAUUAGUAAGAGGGUGGAGGAAGACACCGCUGCUCAGAGGGAGGAGGAGAAGCAGAGGAGGAAGGAGAAGAGAGAGCGUGUCAUGAAGGAGAAGGAAGCAAGGAAAAAGAGAGAGGAGGAAGAGAGAAAGGCCAAAGGAUUACCUUCGGAAGAGGAAGAAGACGAAGGUGAGGCAGAUGUAGCCGAUGGGGACCCAUUCCAGAAAGUUAACAAUGGUUACUUUUCAAAGAAAAAGAAUGAAGCUGCAGAGGCGAAGGAGAAGCAAAAGAAGAAAGAUUCAGAAAACGCCACAGGAAACAAUAACAAAUCAAAGGAGAGCAUUGCGAUGACCGAGUCAUCAUCUUCACACAAUGUCAAUGACCGCGUUGGGACUGUAGAGGGAGACAUUCAAGAUGUGAGGAGUAAUGGGGAUGGGGGCAGCGACAGGACGUCAGGGAGUGGUCCCUUGAGUCCUGACGUGUUGAGCGAUGGGAAGCCAAGUGGUCAGGAUGAAGCAGGGACCAUGCCCGAAGGACAGUCAAAGAAGGUGGUUAUAGGCUCACAGGAAAACCUGAUAGAGGAACCUUCAAACAAUGGUGAAGAGAAGAAAAAGAAGAAAAAAAAGAAAAUCAAGAAGAACAAGACCGCCCCGAUGCCUGUGGAUGGUACCGACGAGCUAGCUCCCUCCCACCUAUCCGCUCCUCUUGCCACCCCGUCCUGGGCCCAAGCGCCUGGUCAUCGAAAUCUCUUCAAAUCCUCACAGAAGCCCACGCUUGCACCUCUAGUAGAACAGUCCAGCCCAAGGCCGUCCUUGGACCCUCUAGUGCCUUCAAGUACAGUCAAUCACAGAAGAAAAGAGAUACUCCCAGAGCUUAGGUCAAGAUCAACAUUGAAGCCCAACAUCGAAGAUGAUGAUGAUGUCAUGACGUGACAUAAAUCUAUCAGUAACUUAGAGUGACUUGUUAUUUAUAUUGGACUCGGGAGAUUGAGGGGAGAGAAAGAGAGAGAGAGAGAGAGAGAGAUUUAGUGAGAAAGGGAUAGAGGGGGGGGGGGAGAAAUGUCAAUUUAUCAAAUUUAAUCAUCUUUAUAUUAAUAUAAAAACAAAAAUAUUAAUUUGCAUUUAAGCAAACCAUUUGUUCUGAAUUUUUGAAGUACUAUGAUUGUUGUUAUAUAUCACUUUAUUUGCAAAUCUGCAUAUUAAAGGAAUACAAUAUAUGCCCAGGACAGUUCUUUGUAAUGAGAAAAUGCAGGGCAAUAAAAUUCACUAUACAGAAAAAAACACAGCCAAUUAAAAAUCUACAAAGUAUUUUAUUCAAAGUUAUAUUCCAAAUAAAAAUGUCCUGAAAACUCUGACCGUGUUUUUUUUUCUCCACAUUUGCUAAUUAUGCUAAAAAGAUCACCUGCUGCCUAUGCGCUUGGGGUCUAAGAGGAAAUAAAACAGCGUAAGAAAUGAUAAUAAAUAUCAAUUUCUUAACUUCAAUGACUUGCAGAAAACUAACCAGUGACACACAUGGUACUUUCCCCAGCAACAGUAGAUAUUAUCUUUGACACCACAGAGUAGGUUUCCUUGAAGUUAGUGAGUAGGUCAAAUAUUGCUGUUAUUGUGUAUGUUUACAUGUAUUAAUUGCAGCUUGAAGUUCAGAUGUGAUCAAUUAUACUAUUCACUAGAUUAAUUAAAAACAUAAAAAGCAGGUGAUUGUUAGAAGAUUUUUAAAAUAGCUUGGCUUUAUAAAUUCUUUAAGAAAGCAUUCUAUACCUAAAUAUGAUCUGCAGAACAAACUGUUUUGGGGGUGUUUUUUCCAUAAAGAGUCAUUCUUACAUGAAAGUCAAAUGCAUAGUUGUAUUUGUUAUACAUCACAGCAUUGUUAAGAUCAUGAUAAGGUUUUAAUCACACUGCUUUGCAUUCAUCAAUUACAGUAGAUUACUUACACUGUAUGCAUCAAACGUGUGCAUGGGCGCUUACGCAUGACUUCAAAGUCCGUCUUCACUAAAUGUAUAAAUAUGUUAUUUAAAUUAUAUAAUGAGAGCCUUGAACAAACUGUAUUUUGCAUUGAGGGUGCCAAAGAUAUUUUUUAUUGUGCUAAAUUGAAGUUUGCAUACAUUCGCUUUCCUGGCUUACUCAUUUAUGUACAGUACAUACAACAUACACUGAUGUGUACAUGUAUUUCUUCUUCACGUUCAUCUGUGUUGUAUUCAGUAUGUCUGUUAUUUAUUUCAAUAGAAUCAUUGAAUUCAGUCUUAAUUUGCUCUUUCUACUGAUAUUCUAAUUAUUUAAGGUUUUUGUAUCCGUCCAGAAGUAAUUUAUUCAAAUGAUAAAAUGAAAUACUAUUUGGUAUUGUAAAUACUUAAAUAUACAAUUUAAUUUAUUAGAAAAAAAAAUUAUGUUAACAUAUUCUAGAAAAAAAACAUGAUGCUGCUACAGUGUACAUAAAAGUUGCAUAGAAUUAACCAUUUUUGUUAUCAAUGGCAAAUACUAGCCAACAUUGAUCGCAGCCCAAAAGUUCACAUGUAACUAAGUUACAAUUGCUGGUAUUUCAGUUCCAAUUGUAAAUACAUCUAUCAAACAGGGCCCAGACAUUAUAUGUUGUCAUGAAAAACAGUUUUAUUGAAAGAGAAUAUUGAUACAAAAUAGUUCUCUAUAAUGGAAUAAUCUUUGGAUUUGGAAUUAUAUUUAUGGGCUUUGUAACACAAGUACUUGCUUUCAAUUGUAACUUCAAACAAUGGCUCUGAUUGGUUGAUAAUUGCUAUAGCCAACAAUAUGCACAUGCGACAAUAAUCUUGAUUGGUCAAACAAAAAGUUUUUUUUUUAUUUGAGUGGAAAUUUAAGUGCUUCAGACUUGAGACCUAUUUGACUGCAAAAGAAAAGGAAGGAUGGGGGGGGGGGUGAAAAACCACAUUUUGAAUGAAAAAUUUUCUUAAUAAAUCUAAAGAGCAGUUAGUUCUCCUGACAGAAUAUACAUGUAUAUAUUAGAAAAGCCUACAAUUAUUUUAUAAAUUCUAACCUGUGAUAAAGGUGAAAACACGGCAAUUCAAACCUUGAUUUUCAGUGUGCUAAAUGUAAUCAACGUUCAGUGUAUUUCUAUUGUCACUUUUUUUUGAAAUCUCGUCUGCUUUUUUCUCAGGAACAUUAUCUUAAUCAGUGUUUUAUUCACUUAAGUCACCCAUUUUAUUCAUCCAUGCAAGCAAAAAUGCAUUUUAUUGCUAAAAACAACAAAAGGCCUCAUAAACCAUUUUGCAAGCAAGUAUGUAAUGUUUUGUUAGUUGUAAAUUCAAUGUGCAAUAUUGUUGUGUACAUGUAUUCAUUAUGUAGUGUUAAUAUGAUUUGAUGAGCUGUAGUACAAAAUCCCAUCUAAAUUGACAAAAUGUUAGGUUUUGAGUUUAAUCAAUAGAGGGUGUCUUAGUUACGGUUCUGGACAGUUGUUUUGUUGUAUCCACCUGGGCCCUGUCUUACAAAGAGUUACGAUCGAUCCAAUCAACCACAACUAUGGAAAGCCAGUAGCGUUAAAUACAUCUAAAAUACAUGUUUGUUCAAAAUAUUUUCUAGAUAUGAUGUAUACAUUCACUGUUUUCUUGACAAUUCAGUAUGCUUCUCUUUGUUAUCAAAGGACAUUGUGCAAAUUUCCUUGAGGAAGAACUAUGACAAUGAUGGAUUUCCAUAUAGUUAAGGUUGAUCACAUCAAUCACAACUCUUUGUAAGACGGGGCCCAAGUGGUAUUUUGAGGUAAUAGUGUCGUACCAGCACACUUCUCAAGAAAUGCUGAGCCAGUAAAUCUACUGAACAUCCA